ACAUCGCCAUUGCACAAGUGGGCAUUUCUUCUGCGUGAGUAAGGCGAAUAAAUUAAACGUGACAGGCCGGAGUAUAAAACUGCCAUCGCCGUUGUGCGUAAUUGAUUAUACCAGUGCAACCGGUGCAUGCUUUUAUUCACUCCAUAUAUACGAGUAUAUAUAUCCCCACAGCUGUCUCGAGUGGCGGAUACACUGAUAAUCAAGCACUUUACCUACCGGCAAUUUCACGCGCAAUCAUGGCCCUGCUUCCCUUAUACCACCGCGAUCUCAACUGGGAUGUAUCACCCUGGAGCGAGCGGGAUUCGCACCGUUGGCAGGAUUUCACCAUUGCCGGCUUUAAUGACCGGUUCAGUCAGCAUGUGGGCCAUAUUCUCACCGGGAUGGACGCGUCCAUUAUGCGGAUGGAUGAGGAGAUGCGGCGGAUGAUGCAGUCCAUGGGGGCGGGGCGGGAUGUCCGAGGAUUAUUACGGGAACUGGAGGACAGUGUCAAACCGGCCAUUGUCGAGCGCAACGGCACGCCGAUUGCGCAGUACUCGUUCGACGUGAAGGGCUUCCGGCCGGAGGAGAUCACCAUUAAGACGGUGGAUAAUACGCUGGAGAUUGAGGCGCGCCAUGAUGAGGCGCGCGACGGUGGGCAGAUUAGCCACGCCUACAAGCGGACCAUUACCAUCCCCGCGGGCAUCCAGGCGGAGGAGUUGCAGGGGAAGUUGGUGGAUAACGGGGUGCUGCGGGUGGAGGCGCCGUACCGGGCGGCGGCGCUGACCGACGGCUCGCGGAUGAUCCCUAUUAUGCACGAAUUCUGAUUACACUUUAUACUGUAUAUAGAUAUAUCCAGUUACAUGCGUAUAUGCGUCGAGUGCGUGCGCCUGUCCGUGGCCACUGUACGCCACUUCCGUGAUCCGAGCACUGCGGGAUCACUUACAACGGACAGCGAGAUGUGCGGGCUGGUAAUUAUUUUUAUACACCAUCUGCUUCGUAGGUUAUGAGAUCGUCUCUAGAUCAUCGGUCAACGAUUUUUUUGUGAUUGUUCGAAUGCAUAUAGAUAUCUGGGUAUAAGUAGUGCACUAGAGACUUAUCUGGCUGAGUAACGAAAUGCUGGUGUUUAUGCUGAUAUCGCUGCAACGUAUUGUACAUUGUACAAUAUAAUAAAUAUUUUUUGAUUU